AUGCCCCUCUUCAUCUGUUUCUGCCCCGACUACCCCAACAGCCUCUCCAAGCGCCUCAGCGUAAGAGAAGAACACCUCGCCCUGGGUCGGAAAGACCGCGAGGCGGGAACGACCGUCUUUGGCCGAGCAUUCAUUGAUCCAGACACACGAGACAUGGCCGGCUCGACACUGCUGUACCGAUACCCAAGCAUAGAAGAGGCGUGGAGGCGUAUCAAAGCGGAUCCAUACUGGACAUCAGGUGUAUGGGACCAGGGCAAAGUCGAGGUGAAGGAAUUGCCAGGGAUGGAGGGGGACGAUCACUUGCGGGUUGCCAAGGACCUGUAG